AUAAAGCUCACAGAAUUCCCAAAAUGUAAGAACCAAAGCCAAAUUAAAAAGGGGGAGUAUAAACUAAGAGGCCACCUAUCUCGUGACUAUUGAAAGGUACUUUGUAUCCAAAUGCUCGCCGGACUCGGCAAUGGAGGAAGAAGAACUUUACUCUGACUAGCUGCGAAAAUGCACCAGUAGCUCUGCUCUGCAACGUGGAAGAGCCAUCUAUGCUAAUCUAAUAAAAGGGUAUCUUCCUUUUUCACUUUUUACUCAAAACAAUCUUCUCAAUAUGUAUACAAAGAGUGGGGAUCAUAUCAGUGGGUACAAACUGUUCGAUGAAAUGCCUGAACGAAAUGUGGUGUCUUGGUCCUCCAUCAUUGCUGGCUUUGUCCAACAUGGCUGCCCCUGUGAUGCUCUGUUUUUGUUCCGUUGUAUGCUUCGGGAUGGAACUUCAAGACCCAACCAGUUCACCCUGGUAAGCGCACUUCAAGCCUGCUCGUUAUAUGAGGAUUUGGCUCCUGCUUUCCAGGUUUACUCGUUGGUUGUUCGUUUGGGAUUUGAGUCGAAUAUCUUCUUGAUGAAUGCAUUUUUGACGGCAAUGAUAAGGCAUUGUAAGCUGGGGGAAGCUCUGGAAGUUUUUGAGAAUUCCCAAGAUAAAGAUAUUGUGUCUUGGAAUGCCAUGAUGGCGGGUUACCUGCAGUAUUCUUACUUUCAUGUUCCUGCAUUUUGGUACGGAAUGAUUCGCGAAGGGGUGAAGCCCGAUAGCUUCACUUAUGCAACUGUUCUUACUGGGUUAGCUGCACUUUCUGAUUUGAAAAUGGGACUGCAAGUUCAUGCGCAGCUUGUAAAAUCUGGUCAUGGUGGUGAGAUUUGUGUUGGGAACUCUUUGGCUGAUAUGUACAUCAAGAAUCAGAUAUUGGUAGAUGGGUUCAAAGAAUUUGGUGAAAUGCCACAAAGAGAUGUGUUCGGGUUUGCACUUAAUGGAUACCCUUGUAUUAUCAUCAACAAUGGACUCCACGGUGUGACCAUUCAAAUUAUAUAAUUAAAACUAUAUUUAGAGUUGGGAAGUUGGUG